CUUACCGCGUGCAGGGCACUCGUCCUCCGCGCGACGCGGCCACCCCCGGCCCCAAAUCCGGCCGGUCCUCGGCCUCUCUGCCCUCAGGACUCCGGGAUGUCUUCCUGAUGACCUCAACCCUGAAGAAGUCCCCUCCGCCCCCCCCCGGGGCGACAGGUGCACCGUCCCCCCGCCCCCGGGCCGGGGCUCCUCCCCCUGGGCCGGACGGGCUCACUGCCUCGGGGGCGUCCUUCGUCUGGCCCCUUCCCUCCCUCUGUCCCUGCCGGGGGCCGGUCCGCAUUCGGUCACCCCGAGCUGACCGCGCAGCGCAGGCCCCUCGGCCCUGCAGAGUGUGGGGAGCGGGGUCCGGUCCGGCCCGGCUGCUGACUCACUUGACCCAUGGGGGCUCCGGGGGUCCCCGCCCCCGGCUGCUGCUGGGACCUGCUGGAUUAUAAAACGGCGAAGUACGUCAUCACCCGGAACCGGCGGGUGGGGGUCCUGCACCGCCUCGCCCAGCUCGCCAUCCUGGGCUACGUGUUGGGCUGGGCCCUCCUAGCCAGGAAGGGCUACCAGGAACGGGACUCGAACCCCCAGGUUUCGGUCAUCACCAAGCUCAAGGGUGUCUCAGUCACGCGGAUCAAGGAGUUUGGGGACAAGCUGUGGGACGUGGCUGACUACGUGAAGCCCCCGCAGGGUGAAAAUACGUUUUUCCUGGUGACCAACUUCCUGGCUGUGCCCAGGCAAGUCCACGGCCUGUGCCCCGAGCACCCUUCUAUCCCCCAGGGGUAUUGCGUAGGAGACCUGGACUGUCCUGCCGGAGAGGGAGUGACCCAUGGACAUGGUAAAGGGAUAAAGACGGGGAGAUGUGUGGCAUUUAACUCAACCCACUCCACCUGUGAGAUAGUGGGCUGGUGCCCCGUGGAGAGCGGUGCCGUGUCCAGGAGCCCCCUUCUAGCUGAAGCAGAAAACUUCACUCUGUUCAUUAAAAAUACCGUCACCUUCACUAAGUUCAACUUCUCCAAGUCAAACAUGCUGGAAACCAAGGAGAGCACCUACUUAAAAGGCUGCCACUACGACCCCCAGUCCAGCCCGUUCUGCCCCAUCUUCCGGGUGCAGCACAUGGUGGAGGAGGCUGGGGAGACCUUUGGAUCCCUGGCCCCGCUGGGUGGAGCCAUCGGGGUUCAGAUCGACUGGGACUGCGACCUCGACCUCGCCUCCGAUGAGUGUCGGCCUCGAUACUCCUUCCGGCUGCAGGAGAGGAAGUACAACUUCAGGAAGGGGGGAAGGAGGGAAGCAACAAAGCCUUGCAGUAGGACCAUCUCACACAGGACUGCAUCUUACUGGUGGGAGCCCGAGGGGCGAGAGGCCCGCAGCCUCCUCAAGGUCUAUGGGAUCCACUUUGACAUCCUGGCCCGCGGACAGGCUGGGCGAUUUGGGGUCAUCCCGCUGGCCGUCACUCUGGGCACGGGGCUCGCCCUGCUGGGAGCCGCCACAGUCCUCUGUGACAUCCUCCUGCUCUAUCUGGACGGGGAAGCUGCCUUCUACUGGGGGGUGAAGUACGAAGAGGCUAAGGCUCCCAAGAACCCCAAAGACUCGCUAGAGGAUGCUCCCUGCUGAACCCAGUUUCACCUGGUUCCAUCCUGUCCGGGUUUGUCCACCCCGCCCCCGGACAGCACGGGGAAGGAAGAGGAGGCCCAGUCCAACCCUGUUCAACCCAGUUCAGCCCGGCCCUUGGACAGCUUCUCCCAACCUUCCGCUCACUGCCGACAACACCGCCAUUCUAAAAUCACAUCUUCUACAAAUGGCCUUCCUUGGCCCCACUCAGCCCCUCUGGGGAGCGUGUGGAUUCCCUCUGCCAAGUGGGCUGGCAGGAGUGACCCAUGCCCUGGUGUUCAGGCCGGCCUCUACCUCCCCCGCUCUGGGCCCCUGGCCCACCCUGCUCCAAACCCCCAAGGCCCUGGGCCAAGGACGAGAGUAGCCUAAGGACAACUGGGGGAUUUGUUUAGAAUAAAUCUUCCGGGAAGAAA